GAUAAAGCUGCUCAACGAUUAGAAGGGAGACGCCAGAAUAAUACGUUAUCACCGGCUGGGAGGCAGACGAAAGACAACCCGGAAGCCAAGGCUCAGGGGCAGCUCUGCGCACGCUCUCGGGAGACGGACGCGCCCCGACGACAGACAAACUCGAGACUGAGACUACGCCCAGCUACGUAGGCCCCGAACUGCGCCGCAGAGAUGGCGGGGAAUUGCGCCCCGCCACGUUUUCCUACUCCGUUGCACCGGCACGUGGGGCAGGGUGCUUUCCAGGAGGUUUACGAACCGGCCGAAGAUACAUUUUUGUUGCUGGAUGCAUUGGAGGCAGCGGCCGCCGAGCUCAUGGGAGUAGAGAUAUGCCUUGAAAUAGGAUCUGGAUCUGGCAUCGUGUCUGCAUUCCUGGCUUCAAUUAUUGGCCCUCAGGCUUUGUAUAUGUGUACCGAUAUCAACCCCAAAGCAGCUGACUGUACCUUGGAGACAGCACAAUGUAACAAAGUUCAUAUUCAGCCAAUAAUUACAGAUUUGGCCAAAGGAUUGCUACCAAGGUUAUUCAGCAAAGUCGAUCUUCUGGUAUUUAAUCCACCCUAUGUGGUAACACCUUCUGAAGAGGUAGGAAGUCACGGAAUAGAGGCAGCGUGGGCUGGUGGCAGAAAUGGUAGAGAAGUCAUGGACAGAUUCUUCCCUUUGGCUGCAGACCUACUAUCACAAGAAGGAUCUUUCUACUUAGUUGCCAUUAAAGAAAACAACCCAGAUGAAAUUAUGGAAACAAUGAAGAAAUAUGGUUUACACGGCAUAACCGUACUUUCUAGACAAGCAGGAGGAGAAAUUCUUUCAGUUCUCAAGUUCAACAAGUGCUAAUAUAUGUACAAUGGGGCCCUCAUAUCUGUGGUUUUCCUUUCUGAGGUUUCAGUUGUCCAUAGGCAGGCCCUGCAGAAGCAUUUGGGCAACAGUCUCUUCUGCUUUCAUUUUCAGGUUUUAGGUUUUUGGCUUGUUGUAAGUUGGGCUCGCAGGGAGGAAGAAUGUAGAUUUGCUUGUAUUUGAUGUUUCAGUCAUCAAAGGUAGUUCUUAGAAUGUAUCUCCCUCAAAUACAGGCCCUACUGUAUUGUGAAAUAUUCAGUCACUAAUAUGCUUUAAAGACAAAGCUAUUCCAAGAACAAGGUAAGAGACUUGAAGUGUGGCUUUUUAAGCCUUGAGAACAAUUUAAGUUAAAUUAUUUAAGCUAAAUCAAUGCCUUUUAAAAUAUACUCUAUGACUUUUUAAGAAAAACUUCUCUGGGCUUUAAGCUGAGUCAGAUAGUGGUUUAUUAAACAGGGUUCAUAAAGACUAAUAAAAAUAUAUGGCAUAGCAAAUGUCACUGUCACGAGUAAUAAGAGAAGGAUUUGACUUA